GAAAAUAUAUGUUUUGUAAGGUUGUCAUGUGCAUUUAAACGCAUACGGUCAUUUUAAAAGUUAAAAAAAGUCCAAAUUUCAUUUUUGCUCACAUAAUUUGUAAACAGUAGAGGAUUAAUCACAAACAGGAUGGGUUGUGGUGGAUCUAAGUCGACAGAGGUGAAGGAGAUUAAACAAAAUGGAAAUGUGCAAGAGAGUAAGCAGAAAGAAGAAGCAAAAAUAUCAAAACAAGAUCCUAUACCAAAAGGUCCUUAUAAACUAACUUAUUUCGAUGGUCAGGGUAGGGCAGAACUGACCCGGGUGAUCUUUGCAUCACAAGAUAUUAAGUUCGAAGAUAUUAGAGUAAAUUUCAAAGACUGGCCUGAUAUGAAACCAACGACCCCUAUGGGAAUGUUACCCAUAUUGGAAGUGGAAGGAACAAAAAUAUGCGAGAGCC